AUGGUAGUUGACGCACCAGCGGAUGAUAUGGAAGUACUGAAGCAAGCCUUAGAGUGUAGUACAAACAAAGGGAGAGUAGGCACACACAAACAGUUCAAAAAUAAGCUGGACACUGGCAUGGACUACUUCAUAAACACAGAUGUGCGUCCUGGUUUUAAAUGUAGAAGAAAAGUGUUCCACGCAUGGUUUGACGAUGAAUCUGCCAAGAUGGACCACAUUGACUGUGACUCUUCAAAAGCUGAAGGCUGCAACCGCUGCUCAUUACCACAGCCCAAAGUCUGCUAUGACCUCCAUCAACCUGCUUUCUUUGACCGUUUUCACCGCAACCCCAUCCCCAAAUUUCCCAGACCUUCCAACCGCUCUAGAGUGACUACCUAUAAAAUGGGAAUAACUGACCUCGCUCUACACACCGCAUUCAAAAGUUGGAGGGAGGACAAGACUAAGGAGGUUUAUGGAGAGGCCCAUUUGGUCAAUAUAGGGCCAUCUCUUUUCAUGAGCAAUAAUACACUCACCCGGAUUGUCGAUUGCACACACCACUUUCAGGUUCAAGGUGUCAAGGACUUGAACAAGGAAACAAGGUGGCAAGGCUGCCUGGAAUAUGGCCAGGAGGUAGUUUUGGUGGUCUUGUUGGUUGAGCCGCCACCUCAGACUCGCCCUCCACUUGUGUCUACACCACUGCCAUCUCGCUUGCCUGAUACUGUUGCAACUCACACCACCAUUGCCACUCCUACAGUACCUCGCAAGAAUAAGUGUCGGGCCUGUGGAGUUGAAGGACACAAUAUCCGAAACCAAGUCUGUGCUUAA